GAGUCUCCGUUGAGGGGCUGAGCGGCUGAGCCGUGUUCCGGGCAGGGUCGUCCGUUCGCUGUUUGUGGUUCACGAAGCGGCGCCUAGGUUUUGGAAGCCGGAAUGGGAGACAACGUGGAAGGGGAAGUAGUUCCGCAGGAAGGGUCUCGAGGUCGCCAUCUCAAGAAGAGGGCUUUGAAGAACAAAGCUGUGGCAGUAGGUUUCAACGAGAAGGACCUUAGGGAUUACGUGUCUGGGUUCCACAAGCGGAAGAAGAAGAGGAGGAAGGAAGCCCAAAGGAAACAAGAGGAGGCGGAACGACGGAAACGCAUAGAACUGCGCAAAAAGAGAAAGUUGGAAAGGGAAUUUGCUCUGUAUGGUGGGGUUCUGCCUACCGCUGACCCAAAGCCUGGUGAUGAAGUUGAUGAGAAUGAAGAAGAUAAGGAGCAAGUUGAGUCCAUUGCUGGGACGAAGACGUAUGAAAAUGAUGAUAUGAAAGUUACUGUGAUAACCAGUGAGAUUGGGCAAGAAGAGGAAUGUUAUCGUAGUGAAAGAAAGGUGGCAGUUGUCUCACAACCUGUUGGGGCUGAUAAGAAGCACAAUGUACCAAUCAAAAGUAAGAAACCAUUUAAAAAAGUUACCAAGCACAAGUCACGGCCAAAUCCAAAAAGAGGUAAAAAGAAGGGGAAAAAACAGGACAAGAAAAGGUAAGGGGAUUUUGCCCCUUCAGAAGAACUAUUGAGUUUAGGAACUUACCUGUUGAAAACUUCUACGUGGGUGUUGACAUUGUGGAAUGUGAGCUUCUGUCACAGUUUAUCUUGUACUUUAAGCUUCAGUGCAGAAAUUUUGACACACGACACAAGCAACUUUAUUAUUACGGGAUUCAUAGUUCUUGUGAAAUCACUUGCUCUGUGACCAUUUUGUAUCUUCAAUUUUCAUUCUCAUAUAUGCAUUGUAUUAUCUCUCUUAUUUGU